CUCUUCACUCUUCACUUCUCUCUACUUCACUCACUCUUCACUCACCGUCAACUUUUUAGCUCCUCCACUUUUCCACCGGAAAAAAUGGCGUCUCACCUCAACCCUCAAGCUCCCGAGUUCAAACCUCUCUCAUUCACCCUCCCAACAUCUCCUUAUGUUCACAACACACAGCUCGUUUGUCACCUUCCCGUUGCACCGCCGGUACUAUCAAUACCGGAUACCCUUUUUUUCUUCCAACCACCGCCACCACCACCAUCACCAUCACCACCACCACCGGCGAUGAUAUAUUUCUUUCACCACCACCACUUUCUUCCUCCUUUCCAAGUAGUCCCACCUUCUCCACAAUCAGAUCUGAGGUUACCACUUGCCGAUGAUGGACUCGGCUUGAUUACCUCCCCAACUUCCCCCACUUCCCCAUUUGAGCUACACCAACCCUCCUCUACAACCCAUCCCCGAAAACCCAUGUACUCAAAAUCCGCCCCGAAGAACAAUUCGGGUCGAGUCCCUGGUCGUGGUUUCCGAUCUCAGAAUUUCUUAUGGGUGAAGAAAUCUGAGAUUCCCGAUGAGGGAAGACCUCUUCCUGAUCGUGUUCAAGAUCAUGCCACUGUGUUUGAGGCCCAAAUGGGCCCGGCUCCUGGCCCUGUCCCACUAUCUACUUACCCCUUUGGCGAUUGCACGUCGCUUAUGAUCCGGAACAUUCCUGUUCGCCUCAGUCGGAGGGAGCUGUUAGAAUUACUGGAUGCCCAUUGCCGGGAGGAAAACGAGAAGCGUCGGAGUGAUUCCGACGCCAUCUCCGCUUUUGAUUUCCUUUACCUCCCCAUUGAUUUCAAGAUGAAAGGAAAUCUGGGUUACGCGUUCGUAAAUUUUACGAACUGGGAAGGAGCAUCGAGGCUGUAUAAUUGCUGGAGUGGUAGCAAUUGGGGGAGCUGCUCAUACAACUCAACUAAAAUCUGCCAAAUCGACCAAGCUAAGUUUCAGGGAAGGGAGCUGAAGAAGCACUGUGAGAGAUCACUGUUUGUGUGCGAAUCAGACGAGUAUCUUCCGGUGGGGAUCUCUCCUCCCAGGGAUGGUUUCAACGCGCGGGUGACGAGGCUGACCACGCUCGGGAGGCGCGUGGUGCAGCUCCUCAAAGCAAAGAAAUCAGUUGUAUGAGUUUAAAGUAUGGGUGGUGGUGGUGGUGGUGGUGUUGUAGUGUUAGGAGUAGUGUUAGUGUAAUUAAGGGUGUUAUGUUGUAGGCUUGUAGCUAGGUUUAGGGUUACUGUUUGCCUUGUUUGAAGGCAUGAUUUUCUGGGUAGGGGGAGAGUUUAGAAAUUGGAAGUGAUUUUAACACUCCAGGAUUUGAAUUCUGAGAGUGCAAAAAUCAUUUGCUAUGUAGAGUACUCCCUAUCUACUGACUAGUGACUACUGUAUGGCUGUAAUGUAAUGUAUUAAUAGUUGGUUGUAUGAUGAUUAAUUGAUAGUUGUUGUUGUUUCACA